UAGGAACUUCCCCACUACCAUCGAUUUGGAACCCUGUCCUCUCUGGUUUCGAUGCAUUAUUCUUGAUGAAGUGCCAUCUGCAUAGUCCAAAAUGUGCCCAUGAUGUGUUCGAUGAAAGGUCCCAGAGAAGGGGACACAGCUUCACAUGUUGCACCAACUUCAACUUCAACUUCUUGGCUCUUUGUCUUUAACUACUACUCUCUUUAUCCAUCGGAAGGUUGUCAAGCUCAAAAACAAAACACUCUCGAAUCAUUUCUACUGAAUCAAGCAGCCACCUGCGUCGUCGAUGGCUGCACGGCGGACCUUAGCAACUGCAGAAAGUAUCACCAGCGUCAUAAGGUUUGCGAAGUCCAUUCCAAGAGCCCAGAGGUUUCAAUCAAAACCGAAAAGCUUCGAUUCUGCCAGCAGUGUAGUCGGUUCCAUCCGCUAGAUGAAUUUGACGAAGGAAAACGGAGUUGCAGAAAGCGACUUGACGGGCAUAAUCGGAGAAGAAGAAAGCCUCGACCAUAUCUUUUUCCGGCGAAUCAUCAUGGCACCGGUGUAGUGCAGCCAAGUGGUCCACCGGUGCACACAGCCAUGGCUUCCAUGACCACGAGCUCUCUGUGGAGCCACUUGGACCAUGCUCCCUCUCUUCUGUCAUCUUCAGAGGCAUCUUUUAGCCAUGUGGUGCACCCUCCAUCUGGUUCCUUCUCUGCAACAAUAAGUUUGGAGAAUGAUUCUGAUGCGGGGUGGGGUGGUAUGAUCGAUACGACGUCGAAUUAUAAUCAAGAUCCUCAAGAAUUUCCUUUCUAUUGGCGAUAUUAGUAAUUGUUGGUUUUUGUGGCACAAUGUUUAUGUUUGUACUUUUAAGUUAUUUAAUAAGUAAUUAAGUAGGUUUUAGAUUUGUUCCGUACAUGUAAUUUCCUAGGAUUUUAAGUUGUUAAACCAAGAAUUUAAG